CCAGCGGUGUCAACCAUGGACAUCCUCCACAACCAGCUCAACAACAUCCAGCAACACCUGGCCUUUGUGUCCACCAGCCCCAUUAAUUGGAUACUCUAUGUCCAGGUGUUCUCAUGGACAGUAACGCUCUUCGAGUCAUACCUCUUACUGAGGCAGUAUCCUCUUUACUUCAAGAAGGAUCCUCCUGCGGCUCUAGCAAGCCAUUUUGGUCCGGGGGUGUUCGAAAAGUCCCAAAAUUAUGGCAAAGACAAAGCCAAAUUUGCGCUCUUCUCCGGCCUGUUCAAGCAGGCUUUGGAUUCUAGCAUGCUUCAGUUUGGUUUCUAUUCUUGGUCUUGGGGUGCUUCAGGAGCGUUGAUUGGCAAGUUUGGCUUUGGGUCCGAGUACCAGAUCCUCCAAUCCAUCGGAUUUGUCUUCAUUCUCUUUUUCCUCUCUUCUAUUCCUACUCUGCCCUUGUCUGUCUAUGCCACGUUUGUCCUGGAGGAAAAGCACGGCUUCAACAAGACCACGCCCAGCCUCUUCGUCACGGAUCUCUUCAAAGGCUGGGCUCUCGCAUUUGGCCUGGGCGCUCCCUUCCUCGCUGCAUUCCUGUACAUCUUCCAAUGGGCUGGGGACCGAUUUGUGCCCUGGCUCAUGGCUUUCAUGAUCUCGUUCCAGCUUGUCAUGGUCGUCCUCUACCCCACCGUGAUCCAGCCCCUCUUUAACAAGCUCUCUCCCCUCGCCGAGGGUAACCUCCGCACCAGAGUCGAAUACCUGGCUUCCAAGCUCAAGUUCCCUCUCAAGCACUUGUACGAGAUCGACGGCUCCAAGCGCAGCUCCCACAGCAAUGCCUACUUCUUCGGUCUUCCCUGGGCCAAACACAUCGUCAUCUUCGACACCCUCAUCCAACAAAGCAAACCCGAAGAAGUCGAAGCCGUCCUCGCACACGAGCUCGGCCACUGGUACCACAUGCACCCCACCAAAAUGAUGGCCAUCUCCCAACUCCACAUCUUCACCAUCCUCGCCCUCUUCCCCGCCUUCUUACACGCCCCGCCCCUCCUCCGCUCGUUCGGCUUCCCUAAAGAGGUGGCAGCCAACCCGCCGACAAUCGUGGCGUUCCUAUUGUUCCAGAUGAUCUUGACGCCCUUGGAGGCGUUCGUGAGCAUCGGGAUGAAUGCUAUUAGCAGGCACUAUGAGUAUGAGGCUGAUCGGUUUGCGGUUGAGCUCCAGGAUCAGCUUCGUGAGCCGAGCAUGAGGGAUAUGGGUGAGAGGCUUGGAAGGGCUUUGGUUGCUCUGCAUGUCAAGAAUUUGUCGACUGUUUGGGUUGAUUGGCUGUACUCUGCAUACCACCACUCCCAUCCUACUCUUACUGAGCGGUUGAAAGGGCUCGAGGCAGAGUGGGGGGGAAGAAAAGAAGGACGAAACCUUGUCUGUGAUGGAGAACAAACCGUACCACCUAGCUUCCUCACCAGGUGGCAACAAUUCCGCGUAAAACGCUCUUGCAUAUCCCUGGAAAGCACCAUACACCGAACCUAA